AUGUCCUUUUUGCGUUGGAACGUCGUACAAUCCAUCGGAUUGAGCAUGAAGAGUAAAUGUGGCUGUGACCCUGGGCACUCUGCUGUCGGAAAUCCUGAAGGCUUCCCGAUUGAGUAUCUUCCUGCCAUGGCUUCUGCAGCUCGAUGGGCGGCAAUCAGACCAGGUGGUCCAAUGGCAAAGAGAUUCUUUGCUCGCCACCCCACAGUCCUACAAGUAGGGUCAACCCUAUUUGUGCAUGGAGGAUUGCUGCCAGAUCAUGUGCAGUAUGGAGUUAACAAAAUUAACAAGGAGUCGCAGAUGUGGAUGCUGGGCAACUCGCAAAUAAGGAACAUCCCGCGGGUGCUUGCGGGGAAGAAUGCAGUUGUGUGGACAAGGGAGUACUCCUGGGAGGAGCCCAAGGACUGCAAUUGCGAAAAGCUGAAAGCUGUCCUGGAUGCUGUGCCGGGGGCUGACAGGAUGGUGGUGGGCCACACCAUCCAGGAUGCUGGCAUCAACAGUGCCUGUAACGGGAUGGUCUAUCGCAUUGACGUUGGGAUGUCAAAGGGCUGUGGAGACCAUGACGUCCAGGUUUUGGAGAUCUUGGAGGACAAAGAAAUUCGCCGCCUGGGGUGGGAUGCCAACGGAAAGCCCAAGGUGAUUGGCCACGAAGAUGCAUGGACACUCAACACAUUUUUUGGAGCCGUGCGCAGCGCGGUGGGGUCAGCAAAGCCCGCAUAG